AUGUCCACCGUACCAGAAGAGGAACUUCAAUUCGUGUACGACACCCUCUACCAGAUUCGUCUCGUCAAUUAUGUUACGCGUAAUGAAACUGGUUCUCAUCCAAUCGACGCAAUUCCCUUCAUCUGGCGGUACUACCAUAACGCAGAUGAGCCAUAUGAAUAUGUUCCCUGGCACCACAGGCUGCGUCGAAUGCUAAUUCAAGGCCUCUUCAUAUUCGGUCGUUACUACGGUCUUUUUUACCUCAUUUUGUUCUACCGUCCAAUAGCGUCCCAGUUUACAACCACCAGGGCUUCUCUAUACCUUUGCAGGGGAUUCUAUUACUAUACCAUUUUCGGUGGUGAAAUACUGUACACGACACUUGUCAAUGUUAUCCUGACGAUACGUCUGAACGUUUUGUUCCGAAUCUUCUAUGGGAUGGAGGGACUCCGAAAAUACCAAUUCUUCCUUGCCGGUGUGGUCAUCAUUGAAUAUUUGGUUGAACUGAUAAUAGGCAUCUUUUCAGCUAUAUGGGUUCGGGACCAAGUUAUUGAGCCACCCGCGGGAGUUCCUUGGCCAGGCUGCUUGCUUAGUGGGACCGUGAGUAAUGCGCUGGUGCUCCCAAGUUGGAUCACAGCAAUUCUGGUUGCGAGUUGGUCCUUUUUGCUAUCUAUGGCCCAUUGGGGAUCUUAUGCUUUUGUAGCGAUUCUCUUUGGAUGCACGCUACAUCUGCUCUUCUCAAAUAUGAGGUGGCGACUUAAGAGCUUCAGAGAUUUCACGAUCUCCAAUAUCAAAGAAGAGAUUAAGAGCCUCCAACCAACAUCACUAUUGCUGAUUAGUGAUGGUUUCUUGUUCUAUAUCCCUAUGGUUGUGCUGUUGGUUACCUCAGUUGCGGUCAACUCGGUCUACUACAACUUUCUCGCACUCGUCACCUCCCCGUUAGUUAUAGCGUUAUACUCCUUCUGCUCUUCACGAUUCAUCAUUCACACCCGAGAAACUAUUGCCAAAUCGACCAACCGCUGGCAAGUUGAGGACCUAGACCUAUCAGCAUUGUCUGACCCUUGCUAAUGACAUUGCGCGGCUCGCUGGGUAUGUGCGUGGGGCUGGCAGGUGUGUUAUUGUUCUCCGGUCGGACUUCUGCAUAUUAUAGAGUACGAUUGUAUUGGGUCCAGUGGGACGAUAUGACCUCUUGGAUCUAUGGGAAGUUGAGGACGAUCCUGUAGGGUUAAGCAUUGAUCUCACGGACAUUCACCUAAUCAUCUCAUUCCGGUCUUCUACUCAUACUAUACAUACUAUUCGGACAGUUGCACAUGCUUUUGUUUAAACAUACUUCGGUGUAUGGGACACGAUAGCCAAGUAUUUGUAUGCAUCGUGAAAACAGUCCGGCC